UCAGCAAUUGAGAGUAAAAACAUUUUGAACCAGGAAGUGUCGGGAAUUAACAUGGCUUCGAAAGGACCGGACGAGGGGUUAAUCGAGGAGGUUAUUUGUCACGUCUGCCUGGAUUUCUUCACCGAUCCGGUUACACUGGAGUGUGGACACAGUUUCUGCCGCUCCUGCAUCACACGCUUUUGGGAAAGGGAGGAGAGAAACUCCUGUCCGGAAUGUAGAGCGCAGUUUGCAGACCGCACCCUCAGGUCCAGUCGACUCUUAGCAAGACUGGCUGAGAAGGCUCGGAAACUGCACCUGAAGCCGAGAAAGAAUGAAAAUAAACUUCACUGCGAGGAACAUGAGGAAGAAAUGAAGCUUUUUUGUGAAACGGACAAGAAGCUGAUCUGCGUGAUUUGUGCAGUUUCGCAGGAACACAGAGAGCACCGCUUCCUGUCGAUUAAAGAAGCUGUUGAACUCUGCAAGGACCAGAUUAAAUCUUCUAUAGAAUCCCUCACAAAAAAGAAAUCAGACUUUCAGCAAAUGGAGAAGCAACAGAUUCAGAAGAUUUCCGGAGUUCGGGAACAGUCUCAUCAACUUCAGUACCAUGUCUCCGCCCAGUUUGCUGAACUGCACCAGAUUCUCACUGAGAAAAAGCAACACUUCCUCAGAGAUCUCAGAGAAGAAGAGGAGAGGAUUUUAAAUCCUAUGGAAAAAAAUCUCCGAGCGAUUCAAGAGAAUUUAAAUUGUAUUCGGGAGGAAAUUUCAAGGUUACAAGAACGGAUGGAUCUAACAGACAGUGUGAUGUUUCUCAAGGAAGAAGAUCAUCAGAAGAGCAGUGUUGGCGAUGAAGCUCCAGUGUUGUCAGUGACAGAUGGUACCCUGACAAUGGAGAAAUUCGAUCACCUCUUCUCGCUAAAAACAUUGUUGAAAGAAACUUAUGUUGCCAUUAAGCAAGUUUCUGUGACUUUGGAUGUGGAAACAGCGGGCCCGGGACUUGAGGUAUCGGCCGACCGGAAGAAAGUGAAAUGGACUCGGUCCCCGCCACAUCACCCUGACACCGAGAAGAGGUUUACAGUCGGGGCUUGUGUGCUGGGAUCGGAGGGAUUCACAUCAGGGAGACAUUACUGGGAGGUGGAUGUGGCGGGGAAUCGGCGCUGGAGGCUGGGAGUCGCCGCAGAGUCCGUGGAGAGGAAGAGCGGGGUCAAACUGAAAACAGACAAUGGAUUCUGGAUCAUUUGGCGCCGGGAUGAUGAGCUCAAUGUGAACACUUCCCCUCCAACCCGUCUCCCGGUUGAUCGCAACCCCGGGAGGGUGGGUGUAUAUCUGAGUUAUGAGACUGGGACAGUUUCAUUUUACAACGCAGAGACCAAGACUCAUCUCCACACCUUCACUGGGAGUAAAUUCACAGGGAAACUUUAUCCUUUUUUUGGAACUGUGGAUGAAAACAAGUGGGUCAGAAUCUGCUCUGUUCCCCUGCGGAUCUGUAAACGGGACGGGUCCAGGCAUCCGCGUCAGAUGCUGGGCUCAGGGGCUGUGGAAAAUAUCGGUGACAACAGAUUGGCACUGAAAGGGUCCUUUUUAAUCCCCAAAUUCCACACUGUGGUGAUCCAAUGAGCAUGGAAAUAGAAUUGGUGUCUAAAUAAAUGUGGGAAAAGUGGACUAAACAAGAAUUACUGAAAUAAAUAAAAACUACUAAUCCAUGAAGUUUAAUGUGUUAACUGCAUUGUGAACAUAACACUAAUAUUUUUUGUGAAAUUAUAAAGAUUGAAUCAAUCACCCUUCACCUGAGCUCCGCAGAUCAGCAGCAAUCGCGCUUCGCAGGUCCAGAGCUCCAGGCUCCCCAGGUUCAAUAGA